AUGAACAAGAUGAUAGCCGAUGCCCUGGACGGCUACAACGAGGUGAACACGAUGAUGAGCUUGGUUCUGUUUGAGGACGCCAUCUACCACAUCAUGCGCAUCAACAGAAUUCUCGAGUCACCACGCGGCAAUGCUCUGCUCAUCGGCGUUGGUGGCAGUGGCAAGCAGAGCCUCUCCAGGUUGGCUGCAUACAUCAGUAAUUUGGAUGUUUUUCAGGUUUCAUUGAAGAAAGGUUACGGUCUGAAUGAUUUGAAGGCUGACCUAGCUGUGCUCUACUUGAAGGCUGGUUUGAAGAACUUGGGGGUAAUGUUUCUGAUGACUGAAGGGCAGGUUCCUGAUGAAAAGUUUCUUGUUCUCAUCAACGAUCUCUUGGCUACCGGAGAAAUUCCUGAAUUGUUUCCGGACGAUGAGAUAGAUAACAUCGUCAAUGCGAUGAGGCCCGAGGUUAAGGCUAAUGGCUUGUUUGAUUCGAGGGAAAACUGUUGGAAGUUUUUUAUUGAAAGAAUCAGACAGUUUUUGAAGGUGGUUUUGUGCUUUUCACCGCAAGGAAGUUCUUUACGUAACAGAAGUCGAAAGUUUCCCGCCAUCAUCAACACGACCUGUAUCGACUGGUUUCAUGAGUGGCCCAUAGAAGCUCUCGUUUCCGUCAGUCGGAGAUUUCUUGGAGAAAUUGAAGGACUGACUCCGGAUAUGUGCGACUCAAUAUCAGACUUCAUGUCGCACGUUCAUCAGUCAGUCAACGAGGUGAGCGUGUCGUACCUAAUGAACGAGCGCAGGUACAAUUACACGACGCCAAAAAGCUUUCUAGAGCAGAUAUCCCUCUAUCGGAAUCUCGUGAGUAGCAAGUUUAACGAGAUUCAUCAGAAUACUGUGAGGCUUGUUAACGGCCUGGAGAAAUUGGAGAGUGCCUCUGGACAGGUUGAUGAAUUGAAAAAGACGCUGGUGGUGCAAGAGAAGGAGUUGGCCAUCAAAAACGAGGAGGCCAACAAGUUGAUAGCUGUCGUCAAGGGAGAAACCGAUAAGGUCUCUGCUGAAAGAGCUAUAACGAAUGAUGAAGAAAAAAAAGUAAAAAUCAUAAACGACGAAGUAUCAGUGAAGUUUAUUGAAUGCGAGGCUGACCUCAGGAAGGCUCAACCUGCUCUUGACGCGGCCAAAGCGGCUCUUGAUACUUUAAACAGGAACAAUUUGACGGAGUUGAAAGGUUUCACAUCUCCUCCAAGUGCAGUCGUGAAAGUAGCAGCUGCCGUCAUAGUCCUCAUGUCAGCUCCAAGUGGAAAGGUACCCAAGGACAGGGGCUGGAGGAUUGCGAAGGGAAUCAUGAACAAGGUUGACGAUUUCCUCCUGUCACUGAUCAACUACAAAAAGGAAAGCAUUCCACCCAUGGUGCAGAAAGCCGUUCAACCCUACCUCGAUGACCCUGAGUUUGAACCUGAAUAUAUUAAAACCAAGUCUUUUGCAGCAGCCGGUCUUUGUGCCUGGGUUAUAAAUAUCAUGAAAUUCUACGAGGUCUUCUGCGAAGUGGAGCCAAAGAGAUUGGCCCUUGAAGAUGCCACCCGCCAACUGAACGAUGCCGAGCAGAAACUGAACCUGCUACGUCAGAAGUUGGCUGUCCUCCAGGAUGCUCUAGGAAAACUAACGAAGGAAUACGAGAAGGCGACGAAAGCCAAAGCAAAAUGUCAAGCAGAAGCAGAUCAAACAGCAAAGACUAUCGACCUAUCGAAUCGACUGGUGUUGGGUCUUGCGUCUGAAAAUGUUCGCUGGCACCAGGCGGUUGAGACGUUCAACAUCCAGGCAGGUACCGUUCCGGGAGAUAUUCUGCUGGUCACUGCCUUCAUAUCUUACGUCGGUUGCUUCACUAAGCCCUACAGAAUUGACCUCAUGGAAAAUCAUUGGCUACCUUACUUCAGAGCCCUUCCUAAUCCCAUCCCAACCUCAGAAAACCUUGACAUCAUGGGUCUACUAUCUGAUGAUGCCAAACUGGCCAAAUGGCAAAACGAAGGUCUGCCUAAUGACCGCAUGUCGUCUGAGAACGCCACUAUACUGACCAACGCUGAACGAUGGCCGCUAAUGAUUGACCCUCAACUUCAGGGCAUUAAAUGGAUCAAAAGGAAGUACGGUGACAAGCUAGUUGUGGUGCGUCUGAAUCAAAAAAAUUACAUCGACAAGAUAGAGAAGGCCAUUUCAGACGGAGAGGUCGUCCUGAUUGAAAACAUCGACGAAUCCAUCGAUCCCAUACUCGAUCCCAUCAUUGGCAGGAACACCAUUAAAAAGGGUAAAGUAAUUAAAGUUGGAGACAAGGAAAUCAACUUUAACAAGAACUUCAGGCUGAUAUUGCACACCAAACUCGCAAACCCACACUACAAACCAGAGUUACAAGCGCAGACGACCCUGAUCAACUUCACGGUGACAAAGGACAGUUUAGAGGACCAGCUGUUAGCCAUGGUCGUCGCCAAGGAACAGCCGGAGUUAGAGGUCUUAAAAGCCGACCUUACCAGACAGCAGAAUGAAUACAAAAUCACGUUGAAACACUUGGAGGAUUCUCUCCUGGCAAGAUUAUCUGAAGCUUCUGGAAACUUUCUCGGUGAUUAUGAACUGGUUGAGAAUCUGGAGACCACCAAGAGAACAUCCGCUGACGUUGAAGAGAAGGUUAAAGAAGCUAAAGUAACGGAGGCGAAGAUAAAUGAGUUCAGAGAAGCGUACAGAGUUGCCGGGUCUCGUGGCUCACUUCUCUACUUCAUACUGAACGACCUCAACAAGAUUCAUCCCAUGUACCAGUUCUCACUGAAGGCAUUUGGCACAGUGUUCGAACUGGCUCUACAGAAAGCAGAUCCAGCUGACACGCUGAAGCAGCGAUUGAUGAACCUCAUUGAUUGCAUCACUUUUUCAGUUUUUCAAUACACAAGUCGCGGUUUGUUUGAAUCGGACAAGAUCAUUUUCAUGACCCAGAUGACGUUUCAAAUCCUGUUGGCGUCUAAUGACAUGGCGCUGAAUGAGUUGGACUUUUUGUUGAGGUUCCCUGUGUUACCGGUCUCAAGUCCUGUUGAUUUUCUUUCGAGUAUUUCUUGGGGCGGUGUCAAGACUCUGUCAGCAAUGGAGGAGUUUAAAAAUCUGGAUCGUGAUAUAGAAGGAUCAUCGAAAAGAUGGAAAAAAUUUGUAGAGAGUGAAACUCCGGAACAAGAGAAAUUCCCGCAGGAAUGGAAGAACAAAACGUCUCUGCAGAAACUUUGCAUGAUGCGGACUCUCAGACCAGACAGGAUGACAUACACUAUCAAAAUGUACGUGGAGGAAAAGUUGGGCAAAAAAUUUGUUGACAUACGUGCUACUGAGUUUUCCAAGUCUUACGAGGAAUCCACACCAUCGACACCUAUCUUUUUCAUUCUCUCACCUGGUGUUGAUCCUCUCAAAGAUGUCGAAAAGCUUGGAAAGGUGCUCGGCUUCACGUUCGACAACAAAAACUUCCACAACAUUUCUUUGGGUCAAGGUCAGGAAAUUGUGGCCGAGAAUGCCAUGGACACUGCUGCAGCUGAAGGACAUUGGGUCAUUUUGCAGAAUGUCCAUCUGGUGGCGCGGUGGUUACCAAGUCUGGAAAAGAAGUUGGAGCAGUACAGUAAUGAAAGCCACCCGGCCUACAGGGUGUUCAUAAGCGCAGAAGCAGCUUCGAGUAGGGAAAGCCACAUCAUGCCGCAGGGCAUCCUCGAGUCUGCCAUCAAGAUAACCAACGAACCGCCUACAGGAAUGUUUGCCAACCUCCACAAAGCUCUUGAUAUCUUCAGUCAAGAUACAUUGGACAUGUGUGCCAAAGAAAUGGAGUUCAAGAGUAUUCUGUUUGCUCUCUGCUACUUCCACGCCGUCGUCAGUGAAAGGAGGAAGUUUGGACCGCAAGGAUGGAACCGCAUGUACCCUUUCAAUUUUGGAGACCUCAACAUUAGUGUCAGUGUUCUGUACAAUUAUUUGGAGGCUAAUUCUAAAGUGCCUUGGGAAGAUUUGAGGUACUUAUUUGGGGAGAUCAUGUACGGCGGACACAUAACUGACGAUUGGGACAGACGGCUUUGUAAGACGUACCUCGAAGAAUAUAUGAACCCCUUCAUGUUGGAUGGAGAAUUAUACUUGGCGCCAGGUUUUCCAAACCCUCCUAACUUGGACUACAGAGGUUAUCACAACUACAUAGAUGAGAUGCUGCCCAACGAAAAUCCAAUCUUAUACGGUCUGCAUUCUAAUGCUGAAAUUGACAUACUCUCACAAACUUCUGAAGCACUCUUCAGAAGUGUCUUUGAACUUCAGCCCAGAGAUGCUGGCUUCGGUGCGACGGGUGGAGUCAGCAGGGAGGAAAAAAUCAAAGGUAUUCUGGACGACAUAAAAGACAAACUACCAGAGCAGUUCCUCAUGCAAGAGAUCAUGUCGAAGGUGCCACCGGAGGAGAGGACACCCUACGUCGUGGUGGCCUUCCAGGAAUGUGAACGCAUGAACAUUUUAACUACUGAGAUCAAGAGGUCCUUGAUAGAAUUGAAUCUCGGCCUCAAGGGUGAACUGACGAUAACAGCGGACAUGGAGAACCUGAGCAACUCUUUGUACAUGGAUAUCGUACCCGAAACAUGGGCCUUGAGGGCGUAUCCAUCUUUAUACAGCCUCACACCUUGGUACGCCGAUCUGCUGCUGAGAAUUCGUGAGUUGGAGAUGUGGACAUCCACAUUUGCUAUUGCCGGGGCAGUUUGGCUGGCGGGAUUUUUCAAUCCUCAAUCCUUUUUGACUGCCAUCAUGCAGCAGAUGGCUCGCAAGAACGAGUGGCCCCUGGAUAAGAUGUGCUUACAAUGUGACGUUCUGAAGAAAUCUCGUGAGGAGAUCGGUGGCGCUCCGAGAGAGGGGGCCUAUGUGUGUGGGUUGUUCAUGGAGGGGGCACGAUGGGAUGUCCAGUCUGGGAUGAUUGCUGAAGCUAAAUUGAAGGAACUGGCCCCUGCAAUGCCGGUGAUUUACAUUAAAGCAAUCCCAGUGGACAGACAGGAGACGAAAAAUAUUUACGAAUGUCCAGUCUACAAGACGAAACAACGCGGCCAGACGUUCGUGUGGAAGUUCAAUCUUGAAAACGAAAGACAAGCAUUCAAAAUGGAUCCUGGGUGGUGUCGCCUUGCUGCUUCAAAUUUAAGAGUCCGCGUUUAUUUUGAAAAAAUUGUUACAAAUUGA